UGGAUGGAUGGAUGAGUGGAUGGAUGGAUGAGUGGGUGAGUGGAUGGAUGAAUUACCUCUGGUUUGCUCUAUAGUGAGAGUGGGUUGCUGGGCAGGAGCUGAUGCCAUCCUGGUCCUUUAAUACUGAUGGUUCUAUUAAACUAAAAUAAAACAGAUCGAGUCAUUUAUCGUUGUUACAGUAACACACUGCUGUAAACAACACUGUACAGAGGAGAACAUACCAAUCAACAAAUCAUAUACACACAGCACUGAAACACAUCAACCAACGUGAAAUUUACUAUCACAUAAAUUUACGUUUCAACACUUUAAGGCUGUUAUUAGUGUACAUUUCCCUGAAUUGAUUUACUGAUGAGAUGAUAAUAUAAUAAACUGCACCGUUUAGAACGAACCGAUCCUCUCCUGUACCCACACCACAGCCAGUAGAUGGUUAUGAGCUUUAUCCCACCCGUAUUCCGACAGUCCAGCUGCUGUACUCUCCAAUCGUAACGCCGCUUCAAUUCUAUCAGCCAAUCCUAACUAGGAUCUUGGUACCUCACUGGCCAAUCACAGCAUAGAGGGCGGGACUUCCCAGAAAGCAGAUGGAACAGAAGUUAGCAGAGUUCAGAGCCAGGAGGAAAGUGGAGAAGGAAGAGAAGAAAGCAGAAGAUGUGGAGGAAAGUGGUUUAAAAGCAGCCGAGUCCGAGACAAACACAGAACCGAGUGAGAGGAGCACCCAGCCUGAGCAACACCCACCUGUACAGCAGGACAGCUCGGACUGGUUGCUGGACAGCGCGGUGGGCCGCUGGCUGGGCGUGGACCGUUUGGCCGUCACUAACCUGACCCUGCUGAAGGUGCUGCUGUGGCUGGUUCUGCUGGGUCUCUUCUGUGAGCUGGACUUCGGGCUUCCCUUCUUCCUCAUCUCUCUGUUCUACUGGCUGUACGAGGGUCUGCGCAGCCCCACGCUCAGGAGACCCGGAGAGAUGAGCGCCUACUCCGUCUUCAACCCCGACUGCCAGCCCAUCCUGGGGACGCUCACCGCCGAACAGCUGGAGGGAGAGAUGGGCUACAGACCCCUAAACACCGGGGCACGGACGUAACGCUCGAGACCCUGACGGAACCGCUGGAAUUCGGAACAUCCAGGUCCGAGUGCAGCGGUCAGACUUCAGCUGGAGCCUCGGGGGCUGAACGAGGACGUCGGUACAUUUAUAUAAAUUAAUGAUGAAAAAAGAAGAAUGUUUUUAUUUUAUAUAUUUAUCUACACAUGAAACUAUGAAAUUCUUUCUUUGUAUAUCCCAGCUAGUUUGAAAGCUGGGGUCAGAGCGCAGGGUCAGAGCGCAGGGUCAGUCAUUGUAUGGCACCGGAGCAGACGGGGUUAAGGGCCUUGCUCAAGGGCAAUUUUCUGACUGAUAGCCCAAAGCUCUACCCACUAGGCUACCACGGUCCAAUAAGAACCUUUUUUUAAAACAAGAAUUUAUGGCGUGUCUGAGGGAAUUUGUGCCUGUUCAGUCAAAAGAGCAUGUGACGUCGGGCACUGAUGCUGGAUGAGAAGGUUUUUGAUCACCAUGACCCUGACCAGGCGGUAAAAACUAUUUAAAACUGUAGUCGUGCCAAACAAGGGCCAUAAAGUAUGUAGAUGUAGAAAGUGUGUAAGCAUGCAAAUUCUUUAGCAUAAUUACUAAAACACAUGAGCUUAAUUAGGAAGGACGUCCACAUACUUUUGGACAGGAUUUUGUAAAUGGCAAGUUUAUGUUUUUUACAGGUUCUAAAUUCCUAUUUCACGUUCAGUUUGAACAGUUUGUAGGAUAAACCAGAACAUCAUCAUCAUCAGUACCCAGCCUUACUAAUGCUCUGUUGUACUACAGAAUGAGCACAAAUUCCCACAGACACACUUUAAAGCCUUGUGAGAAGCUUCUCAGAGGAGCGGCUGCUGUUCUAGCUGAGAGAUCACACAGAGGAUCAGUCAGUUUUUUUUUUUAAAUGGGACGUCCGACAAGCUAAUGGUCGGGCGUCCGAAUACUUUUGACCAUACCAGCUGAAUACAGAUCAGCUACUUACAGUUCAGAAAGUCAUUUAAGUGAAUUUAAUAAAGUAAAAGUCGUGGGUCUCAGACUAUAAA